AAGCAAAAGUGAUUUCACUCCUUAAUUCUAUCUUUUUCUUUUUCUUUCUUCUUUACCUCCCUCUUCCAUCUUUUUUUUUUUAUAUCUUACAUUAUGAGUGGUCAAAUCUCUGCAUCCAAAGCUAAACGUCUUGCAGCCAAAGCAGCUCGUGAAGCCAAGUCUGGUAAGAGCAGUGCCAAAUCAUCAGCUAAGAGCACUCCCAUUGCUUCUGGUAACAACUCGGACGAAGAUCUCGGUAUGGAAAAGUUGAAGAUCAAGGUGGAUCGUACUGCUACUGGUGUUUAUACUUCUCAAGAACGAAGCAGAGAUAUUAAGAUUGAAUCUUACUCUCUCAAUUAUCAUGGUCGUGUCUUGAUUGAAAAUGCUAGUAUCGAACUCAAUUUUGGUCGUCGUUAUGGUCUUGUUGGUUCCAAUGGUUCUGGUAAAUCUACCUUUUUACACUCCAUUGCUGAAAAGGAUAUUGAAAUUCCUGAUCAUAUUGAUACUUACUUGUUGAAUCAAGAAGCUGAACCUUCUGAUCAAAAUGCUGUGGAAGCUGUUAUUUCAUCUGCUCAAAAGGAAGUAGCUCGUUUGGAAAAACAAGUGGAAGAUAUUCUUGGUGAAGAAGAUGGUGCGGAUAACCCAUUAUUGGAUGAUAUCUAUGAACGUAUUGAAGGUAUGGAUCCUGCUACUUUUGAAGUACGUGCUUGUACUCUUUUGGCUGGUUUAGGUUUCUCUACUCAACAAAUGAAGAAGAUGACCAAGGAUAUGUCUGGUGGUUGGCGUAUGCGUGUGGCACUUGCUCGUGCUUUGUUCAUCAAGCCUACUUUAUUACUUUUGGAUGAACCCACUAACCAUUUAGAUUUGGAAGCUUGUGUGUGGUUGGAAGAAUAUCUCAAGACCUAUGAUCGUAUUUUGGUAGUUGUGUCCCAUUCUCAAGAUUUCUUGAACGGUGUUUGUACCAACAUGAUGCAUCUUAAUCCCAAGCGCAAGUUGAUCUACUAUGGUGGUAAUUAUGAUGCUUUUGUCAAGACCAAGGAAGAAAAUGAAAUCAAUCAAGCCAAGGCUUAUGCUAAACAACAAGAAGAAAUUGCUCACAUCAAGAAAUUCAUUGCCUCUGCUGGUACUUAUGCCAACUUGGUCCGACAAGCAAAAUCUAAGCAAAAGAUUAUCGAUAAAAUGGAAGCUGCUGGUUUGAUCGAAAAGGUUGAAAAUGAAAUUCAAUUCAAAUUCAACUUUACCAAUGUGCCAAAACUUCCUCCUCCUGUUUUAGCUUUCCAAGAAGUAUCCUUCUCUUACAGUGGUGAUAUGUCAAACCUUUUAUACAAGGAUGUGGAAUUAGGUGUUGAUAUGGAUUCUCGUAUUGCUCUUGUGGGUCCUAAUGGUGCUGGUAAAUCUACCUUGUUGAAAUUGAUGAGUGGUGAACUCGCUCCUACUAGUGGUCGUGUCCAACGUCAUACCUCUCUCAAGCUUGGCAAAUACUCUCAACACUCUGCAGAUCAAUUGGAUAUGGACCUUUCUCCUAUUGAUUACAUGAAAAAACAAUUCCCCAACGAAGGUUCCGAUACUGAAUUCUGGCGCAAACAAAUCGGUCGUUAUGGUCUCACUGGUUCACAUCAAACCUCUCCUAUCAGCCACUUGUCAGAUGGUUUGAAAUCUCGAUUGGUAUUCGCUGAAUUGGCUAUGGCCCGUCCUCACAUCAUUCUAUUGGAUGAACCUACUAAUCACUUGGAUAUGGAAUCUAUUGAUUCUCUUGCUGCAGCUAUCAAAGCUUUCUCUGGUGGUGUGGUUCUUGUUUCUCACGAUUUCCGUCUUAUCUCACAAGUUGCUGAACAAAUCUGGAGUUGUAACAAUGGUCAUGUCGAACCCUUUGAAGGAUCUAUUGCUGAAUAUAAGGAAUCUUUACGAAAGCGUGUCAAGUUGUAAAAUGGAUGGUACCCUCACUCCUCCCUUUUUCUUUUUUUUAUUAUAUUUGUGUAUGUUUUUUUUUUUUUACCAAAGGAAAGAAAAAAGAAUGAUUUUUAGUUUAGAUUAUAGUUUUAGAUCAUCCUCUCUUUUUAUAUAGAU